AGCAAGGAUGCUGUGGGUUACCUUGCUGAGCACCAUAGCCUUAGGAUGGACCACGCCGAUCCCACUACUCGAAGACUCCGAGGAGAUAGACGAGCCCUGCUUCGAGCCCUGCUACUGCGAGGUCAAAGAGGGCAUUUUUCACGUCCACUGUGACAGUAAAGGAUUUACAAACGUCAGCCAGAUCUCCCAGAUUUGGAGUCGGCCCUUCAAGCUCAACCUGCAGAGAAAUUCGAUGAGGAAGCUUUACUUUAACAGCUUCCUCCAUCUAAACAACGCGAUAUCCAUUAACCUCGGUAAUAAUGCCUUGCAGGAUAUCCAUGCUGGGGCAUUCAAUGGCUUAGGAAUACUCAAACGGCUCUUCCUACACGAAAACAAACUUGAAGUUUUCCGGAAUGACACUUUUCUGGGCUUGGAGAGUUUAGAAUAUCUCCAGGCAGACUACAAUGUUAUCAAACGGAUUGAAAGUGGUGCAUUCAGGCACCUCCACAAACUGAGAGUGCUCAUACUAAAUGACAAUCUCAUCCCCGUGCUCCCAAAUUAUCUUUUCCGGUCUGUGUCACUCACUCAUCUGGACCUAAGAGGAAACAGACUAAAGACAUUGCCAUAUAAAGGCACACUGGAGUAUGUUGGGAGGAGCUUAAUGGAAAUCCAGCUGGAAGAGAACCCCUGGAACUGUGUGUGUGAGAUUGUCCAGUUGAAAACAUGGCUGGAGAGGAUCCCUUAUACAGCUUUAGUUGGGGAGAUCACAUGCGAGUACCCGUUCCACUUACAUGGGAAAGACUUACGGGAAAUCAAGCGCAGCGAGCUCUGCCCGUUACUUUCUGAUGCAGAGAUUGAGGCCAAGCUGGGAAUUCCCCGGGUCCCUUUUAGCAAUGAGAACACAUGGCCUACUAAACCUUCCUCUAUGCUCUCCUCCUUUCACAACACAGCCUCUUCUGUGGAAUACAAGGAAAGAGUCGUCAAGCCUACCAAACGACCUCGGCCUACAAAGAACUCACCAACCCCUCGUAGCGUCUACCCAGGCAUCAACCAGCCUCCCAUCGCUGGCUACCAAACAAGGCCUCCAAUCCCGAUAAUUUGUCCAGCUGGAUGCACUUGCAACCUUCACAUCAAUGACCUAGGACUUACAGUUAACUGUAAAGAGAAAGGCUUUCACAACAUCUCUGAGCUCCUCCCUCGGCCUCUCAAUGCCAAGAAAUUGUAUCUCAGUGGGAACCUAAUACAGAAAAUCUACCGUUCUGAUUUCUGGAACUUCUCAAGUUUGGAUUUACUGCAUUUAGGGAAUAAUAGGAUAUCCUAUGUCCAGGAGGGCGCCUUUAUCAACCUGCCAAACUUGAAAAGUUUAUAUCUUAAUGGGAAUGACAUCGAGAGACUCACCCCUGGGAUGUUUCGAGGGCUGCAGAUGUUGAGCUAUCUUUACUUUGAGUAUAACGUCAUCCGUGAGAUACAACCCAACUCCUUUUCCCUAAUGCCAAACCUGCAGCUGGUUUUUCUCAAUGACAACCUGCUGCGCUCCCUCCCCACCGAUGCCUUUGCUGGCACCAACCUUGCACGCCUCAACCUCCGUAACAAUUACUUCCUUUCCAUGCCUGUGCAUGGUGUUCUUGAGCACCUGUCCUCCAUUGUCCAGAUUGAUCUCCACCAGAACCCGUGGGACUGCUCCUGUGACAUCAUCCCCCUCAAACAGUGGUUAGAAAAACUCUCCUCAGUCAUCGUGGUUGGAGAUGUCUUCUGCAAGACACCUGAGUAUGCUUUUGGGAAGGACCUGCGCUUUCUGGAGGUUGAGGUCAUCUGUCCUGAGCUUAAGUAUUCUUCUGGACCCUCACCGGCUCUGCCUGGGGGGGACGACUCCACCACAGGGAGCUCUAACAUGGGGGAGGCAGGCGGGAGAGGGGCUGUCCCACUGUCUGUCCUCAUCCUCAGCCUCCUCAUCCUCUUCAUUUCUGCGGUGUUUGUGGCUGCCGGGUUUUUUGCCUUUGUUCUUCGUCGCAGGAAGAAGCUACCCUACCGGAAACGUUCUGAGGUAGAUCUGACGGGUAUCCAAAUGCAGUGCAGGAUCUUUGAGGACCCACCAAGGCAGAGUUGUGCCGGCAAUGCUGGCACACCAGAGAAACCAACACCCAGUAUGCACACACACAAUCACACGAGUCACACACAUGCCCACGGUCACGUUUAUGAUUACAUCCCCCACCCCGUGACUCAGAUGUGUAACAACCCUAUAUAUAAGCCUAGAGAGGGAGAAAUAGCUGAGGACGACAGAGCACAGUUUUCAGAGAAGAAAGACAAUGGCACCAGUAGCAACAGUAACUACAGAACCUUGCUAGAGAAAGAUAGAGAGUGGACCUUGGCCGUUUCCAACUCUCAACUCAACACCAUUGUCACAGUCAACCACUCAACGGCUGACAUGGCAGGAUUUCACGAGAACGGAGGGCUCUGCCCUACCGUCAUUGACAGUCAGAGGCCCACACCGACAGUGGGCUUUGUAGACUGUUUGUAUGGGACGGUACCCAAACUAAAGGACAUGCAUGUGGCGCAUGCACAUCCACCAGGCAUGCAGUAUCCAGAUUUGCAGCAGGAUGCACGGCUGAAGGAGACAUUGCUUUUUACGGCGGGGAAAGGCUGUUACCCCGACCCGUCCCAAAGCGAUUACCUCGAGUUAAGGGCCAAACUUCAAACCAAGCCGGAUUACCUCGAAGUCUUGGAAAAAUCUUACCGGUUUUAACAUCUGAAGUCCAUGGGGGGGGGAAAAAAAAGCAAAACACAAAAUCAACACAUUCACUUUGCCACCCUCAAAGCAAAAUCUCCCAAAAACCAAUAUCAAAAAAACAAUAACUUGAAAAAGCAGCAUGGUAAAAAAGAUAUAUUAUUAUACGGUAACAACACAGUUCCCCCCUCCCCCCCACCCCCCAAAUCACUUUGGAGGAGAGGCCAUUCUCAGAUAUUUCAAUGAAGUGCCUUUUUUUCAGAGUAGCCAGCAAUGUCAACAGCCGUUAUUUUUAUAUUAUAUAAAUAUCUCUAUAUGCCCGAGAGAGCAAAAGAGGAAUAAGAGGGGCACCGGGGAAUAAAAACAUACAAAACAUCCUAAAGUACAUCUCUCACUAAAACCCCCUUUUAAUGGAGUUACCAUGGUGUGAAAGACACACGGGAGCUGGACGUCUCCCUGACUUGGGGGUUUUCUUUCUGUUCUUUUUACCCCUGACUAGGAUGCACAAACACCUGGAGGCCGUGCACAUGAAGUUUGUAGGCGAUGGAGGGAAGAGAGAGAAAAAAAACUAUAUAUUCAAAUGAACUGCAGUUUGCUGCAUGCACUCACUUCAUUGCAGGAAGUGAGGGGAUUUACUCAUACCUAUCACACUCAUUAUGAACAGAGAUACUGCAACGCAUUUACAGUUCAGUGUUCUAUUUAAUUUUUAUAUCUUAUUAAUAUGGUUAUUACUAUUAAUGAGGACUUUUCUCUAUAUCAGGGUGCUUCUGGUAAAAAGGACGCGCCGAUGUACGGAUGGUAAAACAUUUGUGAAUAUUAUUAUAAGACAACGCUCAAGGUUUUCUGGAUAUUUCCACGCACUUUGUUGACCCCCCUUCCCCUCCCCUUCCAUUGCUUCUGGAUUCCCCAUUGUCACCCACUAAUGGCUUUGUAGGAAGCACUUUUAAUGUUUUCUCUCUCACAAAGAUUUGAAGAAAAUUGUGCAUAUAUUUAUUCUGUAAUUUCAGUGAAGAAUUUACUUGUAAAGGUAAUGUUAAAUCAAUGUAUAGUGAUUAUGCGUCUGGUAUAGCCUUCUUAAUAAAAACAAACUCUUCAAUCAAAUGAUGAAAGGGUUGAUGCCACGGGAACCUGUGUCGAGCGCUAUUGACAGGCUGUGUAUUUGGUGUCUAGUUUCAACGGCAUGUUGGAGAAGUGGCCAACGAUCACGAGACAAAGCUGCUGGAAAAAGGAGGAAUAGCUACUGAACCAAUAGAGUGAGGCAGAAAUGUAGUCGAGGGCAAUAACAUUUAAUCUUAGUUCAGCUCAUUAUUUUUGGAUUAGCGCAAAAGUAAUUUAUGUUUUAGGGGAAAGGUUUAUUUUUUUCUUCUGAGAAAUAAUCUAUUUUUGUGUCUAUUUGUAGUUUGUCCUAUGAUCCUGCCCCUGCUGGAUAUCAUAGUGCACAAUCUUUAUUUGCCACUACAACACUGGUCCUAGUUGUAUUGAGUCUAAACUCAGAGCCAGAACAAGUGAAGUAACCGCUGCUGGUUUUGAAGUGGAUUAUAUCACAGGAUAUACCAAAUCAGUGAGGCAUGCUGCAGUUUGAAUUAUAUGAAUGGGUAUUGCUGAUGCAGGCUAACGAAUGGUAAUAGGGAGGCAAUGAAAAAGAGAUACGGAGAAGCUCAUUUGCACAUCUAAUUUUUCGGACUCCCUCUGAAGUAGCAUUGUGGACUGAGUCCACUGGAGGGCGAUAUAAAGCGUUCAGGUUCUAUAGGUAUUAACUAGAUUGGAUGCAGUUACAGUAUAAAGUAAUGCACAAAAUGCUUAUCUUAAGAGGUCAUCAAGUCUUGUAUUUUAAUGAAUUGUUUUCAAAAUAUCUAUAUUACACCUUAAUGUUGCAAAAUAUAUUUUUAUUCAUUUCAGCGCAAUUUCACCUGUUUCAUGUUUUCUCCCCUAUUUCACAUGAUUGAUUUCAACCUAUUGUCUUGAACAUGGCAGAAUAAAGCAGCUCUAUAAUAAAAUAAAAACUUUAUUUUCAAAAAAGAACAUUUUGGAGGGGCUUUAUAAUGCUUUUGCGUAUUGGUAUAUUACGUUUCCGAUUGCUGAUUGUUGCACAUUGACAUGUUUGCAUUGAAUCCCUACUGUAGUAGCAUUGAUCUCGAGUAGUCCAGCAGCUCUUAACUGCUAAACUUUUUUGCUGUCACAAUUUUAGAAAUCGUAUGAUUUUUGGGACCAAAUAAGCUGAAAAAAAAAACAAGUUAGGACUAUCUUUGGAAAGAACAACACAGUAUUUUUUUUCCCACUGUCCUGGAGGGACAUUUUUAAUUAAGAGCUUUUCAUUUGUUUUGUUUCAAAAUGAGCAUGAUGUGCAAUUCACUUGAUUCAUCUUGAUUUUCUAGAAGAGGUUAUCCUCAGUUUUAGAAUUGGGUGUUAAAGUUUCUCAUAUGUGUCAGCUUAUACUAAGUGGAAGACAUGUAGCAAACCACAUACUUCCCAGUUAAAUGGGAAGUCUCUUAGCCAAGUCUGUGUGUCAUCUCCAGUAUUGAUCAUCAAUGAUCCAGUCUAUUUAUCAAUAUGGACGUUUACCAUGUUUUGUAUUAAUUGUUCAGUUUUGUGACACAAAUGAUUGAAGGAUACCUUCAUAUAAAGCCUUUUUAAGCAUGAUGGCAUUACGUCAAGGCUUUUUGUUUACACCUUGCAGAAACGUUCACAACAUUGUACCCCAUAUUCUGCUGCACCACCUAAUUUGUCUGCUCCUUGUCUUACCUUAUUGGCUUAAACACAUACACACACACAUAGACAAAUGGACACACACAUACAGCCAUACUUUCACUGACCAAGAGAUUAGACGAUAUGGUCAGCAUUUUCAGUGUGCACUCAGUUUGAUUAAAAACAUAAUGCAUUGCUCUGUUAACCUCGACCCUCCCCGUCUCCCCCACCCCCAAAUUAAUACAUGAAUAAACUUUUUGGAUCAUUGAUGAUUUUGCUAUAGUCCCAUAUCUUGGUAACCUUGUAUCCUCCCCAACCUGGCACCCACCUUCCAUAAUAUUUCAUAAAUGAGUGUUGGGCUUUUGUCCCAUUAUACCAUGCUGAGUGGUUUUUACCCCAAUAAAACCUCCUGUUAUCCUGCACUAAUACCUCCAAGUAAUGUCAUACUUUGGUAGAGUAUUGGAUAGGGGCGACCAAUGGAGGUUGGAUAAAUGUUUCCUUUACGUGUGAAAUGUAAACAUGCGCUGCUGGUCCAAAUCGUCUUCUAUUAUCGCAGUGAUAUUUGAAUUUCGCAGUGGAGUUAACCUUUUUCUUCAAGAACUCUCUCUCGGGGUUUGUACGUUGGCAAGACUUCAGCACGGUAAAUGCAGUGUGUGCCUUUUUCUUCUGUCCUUGGCUUUUCUCUGUCUCUGUCCCUGCAAUGUCUUUCUCUCUCUUUAUGUCAUCUGCUCUUUCAGUUUUUUUCUGCUCUGAUUUUGAGUCGUCUAUUCUGUGUUUCCAGUCUUGAAUGUUGCUUUGGCUGUUGAAUCCUUCCUCAAGCUUAUGUCUUUGUUUGCUUAAAUUCUGUUUUUUAACAAUCUAAACCAACUUUGAAAGCAAGGAAGAUAAAAACCGAAUUUUGCUUUUCAAGUUUCCUUGAAUUCAUCUCAGUUUUAUUAUUUCGUUAGCCCUAACUUUUGUGGAACAUAAAUGUCUGUGUUGAAUAUUCUUCGCAUUCUUGGCCUUUACCUGCACCCUAGCUUACCUUUAGGCGCUCCUUUUAUUUAUAUGUAUUUUGUAGCCAGGCUUAAGGUGGUUGAAUUAUGUUCUAUGACACAGCUACAGGGAUCAGGAGAUACACACUCAAAUAAAACACUGACAAUAA